AAGUGGACCACAGGACAGGAAGGACAAGAUCUCUUUUGAGUUGCAAUGAAAAUAUAGAUUAGGUUGCGUUCAUUGUUGGCUCUGUCCAAGAUUCCAUAUUCUCUCAACUUUUCAUUACCUCUGGUUCUCCUUCCUAUAAAAGCCUCUCAUAGCUUGCUAUUUUUUUCAUUGAAACGGUGAUAAAAUAUUUGUAACAGAAGUAGAAGAUAAUUUGGUUUCUCAAGAGUGUAUACAAGAUAAUAGGAAGCAAAGAGAACGAGCAAAUAACUCGGAAGAUCCAAGACACAGCCUCAUAUAUUUAGAUACAGAAGCAAACAUCUAUUUUCUCAGGAUAUGUUUCAUCACCAUACCCAACCAAGCAUGUACCCUUCCCCAAGGAUGUCAGCUCCUCAAGAAAGGCAGCUCUUCCUGCAAGGUGGAAAUGGCUCAAGAGAUUCAAAUCUCGUCCUUUCAACUGAUGCAAAGCCAAGAUUGAAAUGGACGCCUGAUCUUCAUGAACGAUUUGUAGAAGCAGUAAAUCAACUAGGGGGAGCAGAUAAAGCUACCCCAAAAACAGUCAUGAAACUCAUGGGAAUUCCAGGGCUAACUUUAUACCACUUAAAGAGCCAUCUUCAGAAGUACAGACUAAGCAAGAAUAUUCAUGGACAAACGCCACAGACCUCAAGCGGGGCCAACAAAACUGUUGUCAUGUCAGCCUCAGGUGAUAAAAUGCCAGAAACAAGUCCUUCCCAUACCAGCAGUAUCAACAUCGCCCCCCAAACAAACAAGAACUUACAUAUAAAUGAAGCAUUGCAUAUGCAAAUUGAAGUCCAGAGAAGGCUACACGAGCAGCUUGAGGUACAUGAUCCUGUCUACUUCCAAUUCAAACAGAAUGGCCUUUCACCUAAUGCGGAAACAACAACAGCUGCUCAGAAUUUACAGAGACAUCAUCCUAAGAACAGUCGUGACAAAGAUGUACAGAGGCGUUUACAGCUGCGGAUAGAGGCUCAAGGAAAAUACCUUCAAGCAGUCUUAGAAAAAGCUCAGGAGACGCUAGGAAAGCAGAACAUUGGUGUAGUUGGUCUGGAGGCUGCGAAACUUCAGCUCUCUGAAUUAGUUUCAAAGGUAUCCAACCAAUGCUUAAACUUGGCCUUCGCAGAGAUAGCAGAAGAACAGCACGGAACAUGCCCUAAGCAGCAAAUUCAACCCCACAAACCAAUGGGAGAUUGUUCUAUUGAUAGCUGCUUAACCUCAUGUGAUGGACCUCAGCAAAGAGAGCAUGGUAUGCACAACAGCGAGUUGGGGUUAAGACCAUAUAAUGAUACCAGAUUCUUGGAGGGAAAUGAUUUCAAUGGAAAUCUAAAAGAGCAUGCCACAAUACUUUUCCCUGCUACAACUCCGCAAGACACAGGAAAAAUGAUGUUCCGAGUGGAUGGAGCCUGCAGUGAUUUGUCCAUGAGUGUCGGCGUUGGAGGAGACUCACGGGAUCAGAACACAUUUCAGCUCGAUAAUAAGAACUACAAGCUUCCUCCAUUUAGUGGUGAUCUUGACUUGAAUACCCAAGACGAACCUGAUGUCCCUUCAAGCAUCAGGCAUUUGGACCUCAAUGGAUUAAGCUGGACAUAAGAGCCACUUGACAAACAACAAAAAGUUUCGGAAUUAGCACAACCAUCGAUCACUUCACUGGGUAUGGAGCUGUCUGUACCAUAACAUUUAACAUCAUACCCAUUUAAAGAAUUGAAUGACAUGAAUUUAAGUCAGCUUGUAAGCCUCGCCACACGAUUAGAUUUGCGUGGCCUUUUCUUGUUCAUGUGUUUUAUACGAUAAAUUAGAAUUAUUGCCUAUUCAAUUGA